AUGGAGAAUUGUAGCAUAGUUACUGAGUUCAUUCUGGUGGGUUUCAGAGACCAACCGAAGUUGGAAAUAACAUUUUUUAUUAUUUUUCUGAUAUUAUACAUCACCACUGUGAUUGGAAAUGGUGGUAUGAUCACAAUCAUAAAUGUUGAUCCUCAGCUUCAUACACCAAUGUAUUACUUCAUCAGGAAUCUAUCCUUCCUGGACCUCUGUUACUCUUCUGCCAUUGCUCCAAAAGCUCUAGCAAAUUUCUUUGAGAAAAAAAAUGUCAUUUCAUAUGAGGGCUGUGUGGCCCAGUUGAUGUUCUUCACCAUUUUUGUUACCACAGAAGGUUUUCUUUUAGCUGUCAUGGCCUAUGACCGCUUCAUUGCCAUUUGCUAUCCUCUCCUUUAUCCAUUAAAGAUGUCAAUGACUUCUUGUCAUCGUUUGCUGGCAUCUUCUUACAUAUGUGGUUGUGCCAAUGGUGUGAUACAGACUACUGUUUCUUUCCAUCUCAGAUUUUGCAAUCAUAGCAAGAUCAACCAUUUCUUCUGUGAUGUCCCUGCUGUCAUGAAUGCUGCUAUGACAAAUACAUAUAUCAAUGAAGCUGUGAUGUUCUCUCUCUGCAAUGUUAUCAUUGCCAUUACUACAGGAGUUAUAUUCACUUCCUAUGCUUAUAUACUUUCUACCAUUCUCAAGAUGCGUUCAGCAGAUGGCAGGCAGAAAGCUUUUUCUACCUGUGCAUCUCACAUAACAGCUGUAGUCAUCUUUUAUGGGACUGUUUUCUUCAUUUAUGCUCAACCAGCAUCCAUAUCUUCCCCUUUACAGAGUAAAAUUGUGUCAGUAUUCUACACUUUAGUUAUCCCAAUGUUGAAUCCCCUCAUCUAUAGUCUCAGAAACAAAGAUGUCAAAAAAGCUCUGAGAAGGACUUUAGGGAGAAGAAGUUUUGUUUUCAUGAGUUGA